CCUCCUACAUGUAUAUAAACCAACAAGUUCUAGAUGCAUCAUAUCUCCAGUAAACAUCAGACAUGGCCCCAGCGACCAACUCAAUCAUUCUGCUCCUUCUGUUCUACGGAGGAAAUGUCUCAUCACAAAGUGACCUUGUACCCAUUACUGAUGAUGGAGUGAAGCCGGGGACGUGUCCUGUUUUUAAUAAUCUGGAUUUGUGUGAUGAAAAGAUAUAUAAACCAUUAUGUUCUGGAGACAAGGACUGUCCUCUUGACCAGAAAUGCUGUGAACAGUCCUGUGGCAGAGUCAUGUGCUCCAUCCCAAUUCCACGAGUGAAGCCGGGAAAGUGUCCUGAAUGGACUUUAACAGAGAUUUGCCCCAAAAUGCUGCCUUUCCCCCCAUGCUCUGCAGAUGACCAGUGUCCUGAUGGCCAGAAAUGCUGUAAAGAUUCAUGUGGCGAAGUGAUGUGCACCGACCCUAUAGGAGUGAAGCCGGGAAAGUGUCCUGAAUGGACUUUAACAGAGAUUUGCCCCAAAAUGCUGCCUUUCCCCCCAUGCUCUGCAGAUGACCAGUGUCCUGAUGGCCAGAAAUGCUGUAAAGAUUCAUGUGGCGAAGUGAUGUGCACCGACCCUAUAGGAGUGAAGCCGGGAAAGUGUCCUGAAUUUACUUUAACAGAGAUUUGCCCCAAAGUGCUGCCUGUUCCCCGAUGCUCUGCAGAUGACCAGUGUCCUGAUGGCCAGAAAUGCUGUAAAGAAUCAUGUGGCGCAGUGAAAUGCACCAAUCCGAUAGGAGUGAAGCCGGGAAAGUGUCCUGAAUUUACUUUAACAGAGAUUUGCCCCAAAGUGCUGCCUUUCCCCCCAUGCUUUGCAGAUGACCAGUGUCCUGAUGGCCAGAAAUGCUGUAAAGAUUCAUGUGGCGAAGUGAAAUGCACCAAUCCGAUAGCUGAAGUGAAACCGGGGCUUUGUCCACCAUAUAGACGCACAGCAUGCACUUUUCCUUUGCCUCCUCCGGACUGCUAUAAUGACCAGUGGUGUCUUGGUAUACAGAAGUGCUGCUUUUACUCCUGUAAAAUGGAGUGCGUCAAUCCUUACAUAAGUGAAUGGCCGAUUGAAAUAAUAAGCAAUAACGAAGAGUAACCACAGAAGGGAUCGGCCUCCUCGCAGAAGAAGUUUCUGAUCACUCUAUUCUGACAUCAGAUCUGGAGGUUCCAGAGUCAGUUUCUAUAAUCAGAGAUCAGCUUUUCCAUGUGCUAUCAAUAAAUCAGUGAGAUGCAGUAAUAAGAAA